GGUUUUGGAUAAAAUCCACAUACACACAAAGCACAAAAGCGGAGCAUAAGCAUGUGGAUAGAGAAAGAAGGAAAAGCGACUACCUUCUCUUCUGCUGUUUCCUUUUAGAGAGGGAAAACCAUGAAAGGGGUUGGUUCUAUAUAAGAGAAAGUUCCAAUCUUUUUAGUUUUGAGAAGGCGAGAGUGUUGAAUAUUAUUGUAUUGAAGUGUAAAGUAAGUUCACGAGCUCUAGCUACUUCUUUCGUUCUGCAACUCUGCUUCUGUUAUCGAGAUCCUUAAAAAAGACAAAAAAAAAAGAAAAACAGAGACUUGUUGGGUGAGGUUUUCACGAGGUUGGACCUAUUUCCAGUCUCUUUCUUCACCAUCCAAUCCUGUGGUUUACGUCUCGCCACAUAAUCAUCACACCACAGCCACCUUCACCUUCUCCCUUCGAUCUCUAUCUCGAUCAAGAGUUGUUCUGAUGAUGAUGAUAAUGUGAGAGAUUUGCGAGCUUUUUAUUUUUGUGGGUUUUUUCUUUUUGUUUUUCUGGAGGAAGAGUAUUUUGGGUUUCUGGGGUGUUUUUUUUUAGCAGUUGAGAUUGGGAAAUAGAGAAAAAAAUGGAUCGAUCUGCGGUUACUGUAGGCCCGGGAAUGGAUAUGCCGAUUAUGCACGAUAGCGACCGGUAUGAGCUGGUGCGAGAUAUCGGGUCCGGAAAUUUCGGGGUGGCGAGAUUGAUGAGGGACAAGCAUACUGAUGAGCUUGUUGCUGUCAAGUAUAUCGAGAGAGGUGAGAAGAUAGAUGAAAAUGUACAAAGGGAAAUUAUUAAUCACAGGUCAUUGAGGCAUCCUAACAUUGUCAGAUUCAAAGAGGUCAUAUUAACACCAACACACUUGGCUAUUGUAAUGGAGUAUGCAUCUGGUGGUGAACUUUUUGAGCGAAUAUGCAAUGCAGGCCGGUUCAGCGAGGAUGAGGCACGCUUUUUCUUCCAACAACUUAUAUCAGGAGUUAGUUACUUUCAUGCAAUGCAAGUAUGCCACCGUGACUUAAAAUUGGAGAAUACACUGUUAGAUGGAAGCCAAGCACCUCGUUUAAAGAUUUGUGACUUUGGUUACUCUAAGUCAUCGGUGCUCCAUUCACAACCAAACUCUACUGUUGGAACUCCUGCGUAUAUUGCACCUGAAGUGUUACUUAAGAAGGAAUAUGAUGGCAAGAUUGCAGAUGUAUGGUCAUGUGGGGUAACAUUAUAUGUAAUGUUGGUGGGAGCAUAUCCUUUUGAGGACCCUGAGGAGCCUAAGAAUUUCCGCAGGACAAUUCAUCGAAUUUUGAAUGUCCAGUACUCGAUUCCUGACUAUGUUCAUAUAUCUCCUGAGUGCCGGCAUCUCAUCUCAAGAAUAUUUGUGGCUGACGCUGCGAAGAGGAUUAGCAUUCCUGAAAUCAGGAAUCAUGAGUGGUUUCUGAAGAAUCUUCCGGCAGAUCUCAUGGACGAAAAUAUGGGCAAACAGUUUGAAGAGCCUGAUCAGCCAAUGCAGAGCCUUGAUGAGAUCAUGCAAAUAAUAUCCGAAGCCACCAUACCAGCAGCUGGCACCCGUAGUCUCAAUCAGUAUUUGACUGGCAGCCUAGAUAUUGAUGAUGACAUGGAGGAGGACCUAGAGACUGAUCCUGAACUUGACAUGGAUAGCAGUGGAGAGAUAGUGUAUGCAAUGUGAAUGCCGAAUGGAAGGAGCAUUUCAGAACACACUGGUUUGCUGCAAAAGAAUGGGGAACAGAAUUCCACCGUUUCUUUGCCAAUAGUUAGGAACCUGUAAUAGGAGUUGAGAAUCCAUUUACAUGCAUCCUUUUGUCAUUUAUCACCUUUUUAUGGAAUGCAUCUUCUCUGUGAUAUGGUUUGCCAAUUCCUAGUGGCAUAUAUAAACUGCUGUGGACGCUUUGUAACAUGUAAUGUAAUAAAGUUGAAUGUUGUGCUUAAUUGUAUCUCACGUUCUCAUUUUC